GAAUAAAUGAGCGUGGGAGCGGGAGCAAACAUUUUUAGCGAGAGAGAGAGAGACGGAGGAAAAGCGAGAAAAGUCAAGCAGGCACCGCCCGCCGUAGGAGCAGAGAGCGAGAGAGGCCUCACAGAGAAAAAGUUUGGGCUCUCUUUCUGUUGGGCGAUUCUCGAGCUAGUGGCGGCGGCGUCUUCUUCGUCUUCUUCUUACAUGGAGAGGGACUUCCUGGGCGCGAUUGGGAGGAAGGAGGAGGAGGAGGAGGAGAGCGAGACGACUGCCUGCAGGGCGGAAUCAGAUUACCCGGCGGCACAGUGGCAGUUCCAAGCAAAAGCCGGCGCCGCUCCGGCGUUCAUGUCAUUCAGGGCGGGGGCGGGCGCCAGGGAGGACUCCAAGGAGGCCGCUCUCGACCAAUUCUCCUUCUCCGGGUUCCGGCAGCCACCGCCGGCUGUGCCAGCCGGCGAUUCCUUUGACUGCAUCAAGAAGCAUCAUGCCAGCUCCCCUGUGACGAUGCCUCAUCACCAGAGGCAGUUUGGAUUGGACGGCCAGGCCAGCAGCAACCCGCGGCAGUACGCCGCCGCGGUGCAUGGGCACUGUGCACAGGGCAUGGAUCCCUAUGCCGUGCCAGGCCAUCAUCUCCAGGGUGGAUCCAGGUCGUUCAACCAUCCGAUGUCGUUCAAUCCGGGCAAUCAGAUGGUCAGGGUACAGAGCCUCCCAACUGCUGCAGGCAGUGGUGUCCCGUUCAGGAAUCAGUAUUUUACUAACAACAAUGCCGUGGCUAGUUCUAAGGUCGGCGUGUACGGCGGCACAAGGGACCUACGGAACCCGAAGGCGCCACAGAUGACUAUAUUCUACAACGGCUCGGUGAAUGUGUUCGACGUCCCGGUCGACAAGGCUCGGCAGCUUAUGGUUUUGGCAAGCAGGGCGUCUAUUCCAAGCCCACCCACUGUAUCCCAGAGAUCUGAUUUGCCUGUUUCGGCUAAUGUAAAAGUUAUGGUGCCUGAGGUUUCACCUGCAAGGAUUAUAGUUCAGAGACCGGAGACCUCUGUGCCUCUUGUAUCAGGCAUUUCAAGUCCAAUUACUGUCGUCUCACAAGCUGUGACUCUCCCCAGGAGCACAGCUAUCCCAAACAAUGACAGUUCAGGUCCGGCAUCUGCAGCCAUAACCUCAGCUGUUCCUCCCGUAGCUCAGGCAUCAUCGUCCCAACCGAUGCCACAAGCAAAUGCUGCUGCAGAAGCUAUUGCGCCAAGAGCUGUCCCUCAAGCUCGGAAAGCAUCACUUGCUCGAUUCUUGGAGAAGCGAAAGGAAAGAGUCUCAAUCGUCGCGCCAUACCCAUCGUCGAAGAGCCCGUUAGAGAGCAACGACACCUUGGGUAGCAGCAGCACGCCAAGCAAGUCAUCCUGCACAGACAUUGCCCUGUCGAGCAACAACGGCGAGGAGUCGACAAGCAUAGGGCUCCCCAGGAACAUCAGCUUCGGCAGCGAGAAGUUCCCAAGCACAAAGUUGCAGAUAUGAAACGUGGCCACUGUCCAUAGUCCAUACUAUAGACUCAGCAAGUCAGCAAGAGCCUGCUGAUCGACAUAAAACCAGGCGCCUUCUCUUGUACUGCAUUCAACUGAUACAGAGGUGAUCUGAUCAUAAGAGGAGAUGAGGAUAUCAGAUCAUCAUGCGUUGAGUGCCCGUCUAGCUAUAGCUGCUCUUAGCAGGCAAGCUGUUUGACAUUGCAGGUUCGAGGCUGUUCUCGAUUAAAUUUUUGCCCUGCGCCAUUACCGUAGUGCACUUGAGCAAGGAACAUUGCUGGUUUUCACUAAGCUAUAGGUUUACAGAUUAGCGUAUGUAAUGGUACAGCUGGUUAUUACUAAGCUGUAGGUUUACAUAUUGGCUUAUGUAAUUGUGCGUACAAAUUCAAGAACAGAUGGAUAAAUUUAUAGGCCAUUUUUACACGUUA